AUGUACGGAACACUGGCAGGGGUUAGGAAUUUGGCUUACCCAGCGAAGGUGAGCACUUCGUACGCCCCAGCCUACAAUCCGCUUGCAUGCGAAACUAUACCCCGUGGUGGGCAGCAGACUGUUGGAGGGGUGCCGUCAACGUCUUCAUCGACGAUCACAGCGCCGAACAAUUCGUCGACAUCCUCAUCGGGUCAAUAUAUGUGCGCCUCGGAAUGUCCUGCACAACGUAUCUCUCCAAUGUAUUCUUCUAUGAUAAAUCCGGUUGUCUCACUGCAACCGAGCAGGCGAGUGAAGACGUUGUACGCUUGCACGCCAGAUCAUGAGUCAGAAUUGUCAUUUCAACCAGGUCAAAUCAUCACAAACGUGUACGAAUCGAAAGAAGAAGGCUGGCUAGUCGGCACACUCAACGGGAAGACUGGUCUAAUACCUUGCAACUACGUGGAACCAUUGCCGUAA